AUAUAAAAGACGCCGCUUCAAGCACGCACUCCGCGACAGCUGAGAGGGUCAGCAGGGAAACUCAACAUGAAGUAUUGUAUUCUCCUUGCCUUCUUUGGCGCUGCAAUGGCGCAGAGAAACGCCAUCUGCAGACUGCCGGCGGACGAAGGCAUCUGCCGGGCGCUCAUCCCGCGCUUCUACUUCAACUCUGAAACCGGGGAGUGCACUUCGUUCCUCUACGGCGGCUGCGGGGGAAACGAGAACAACUUUGAGACCAUCGAGGAGUGCGCAAAAGCGUGCGCUAAACCUGAAAGACCUAGCGACUUUGAAGGCGCUAACUUCGAGACUGGCUGCAAGCCGGCGGCCGACAGCGGUUCUUGCAACCAACAGUUGGAGCGCUGGUACUACAACGUCCUCUCGGGAAAGUGUGAAACAUUCGUCUACGGAGGCUGCGGCGGCAACGAAAACAAUUACGAAAGCGUGUGGGAGUGCGAAAUCGCCUGCAAGGCCACGUAAUCCGAAUUACCGGAGGAUUGCUCAUCAAUAUCGGCAUGUCGAGGGUUCUCAAACCAUCGGCGAUGCCCCAAAAUGUAGUUUGUAAAUAAAAGGAUACUGUUGAGUGAGGCCGAAGAUGUCA